AUGUCAGACGAAGAUACUUAUGAAAUUCCAUUGCAAGAUCAGAGAGCUUUCGGAGCUGGUAUCAAGAGGAAACGCGUCAAGUUCGUUCCAUCAACUUCGUCAUCCACAAUACAGCCUACGCCAUCUACAAGCUCUGCAAAGAGUAUCAGCGAUUCAUAUCUCAAACUGGUUCUUCCACAAGACUCCUCGAUACCUGAGAGCACUUCAAGGGAAAGCACUAUAUCUAUAAGGAAUUUGGAAGUAUGUGAAGUCUGUAAGCUGCCUCUAUCCACAGAUCUCGAGUCGAUUAUCAAUAAGGAUGAGGCUGGUUCACCAGACCCAUCAAAUCCGAUGUCUCCUACCAAAUCACGACCUCACGAAGCUUCUUUGGCACAUCAAGUAUGUCUGAACCAUUCACAUCCCCCUUCACAUGUCGAUCGAAGUAGAAAAGGCCUUACGUAUCUCUCAUCGUAUGGUUGGGAUCCUGAUUCUCGCCUUGGACUUGGCGCAUCUGGUCAAGGUAUCCAGUUCCCAAUCAAAACCAAACCAAAAGAUGAUAAACUUGGUAUUGGUGUAGUGAUGCCAAAGAAGGGGGAGAUCAGGAAGAAAGAGAAGCCACAGAAGCUUGAUGCUGGAAAGGUCAGGAAAUUGCACGAAAAGGAUAGGAGAAAGGGGGAGAAGUUGAGGGAAAUGUUUUAUAGGAAUGACGAUGUGGAACGAUACCUGGGAGGUGGAUAA